CACCUGCGCUGCGACCGGUCUUCUCUCCUCUCCACCUCUCUGCUCCAUACCACCUAUUAGCCUUGCUGAUCAGAUCCUUGUACGAUAUCCCACGUGCGACAUUGGCGCCCUGAUUCCAGCGCCGGAUAGACCAAUCCACCAUAUCAAACCAUGAUGCAAGACAAGCACGUGCUGCCGGCAGUGGCGACGGCGGUGCUCGUGUCCGCCAUGGUGAUGACGUAUGUUUCCGCAAAAAGCAGGCGCCAUGGCUGUAAAGGCGAAAAGCGCCAAUUGUCGGACCUCGUGCGCUCGAACAUUCAAGACUUGACACCGUACCGAUGCGCUCGAGACGACUACAGCGAAGGCGUGCUGCUGGACGCCAAUGAGAACAGCUAUGGUCCAUCAUUGGUGGCGGGUCAGGGCACGGUGGAUCUGGAAGGGUUAGACUUGAACAGGUACCCUGACCCUCAGCAGCUGGAGGUGAAAGCCUUGCUUGCGGAGAUGAGAGGGGUGAGGCCGGAGCAGAUCUUUGUCGGGGUUGGGAGCGACGAGGCUAUCGACCUUCUCAUCCGCAUCUUCUGUACUCCUGGAGAGGACUCCAUCAUCGUGACACCCCCGAGCUACGGCAUGUAUAAGGUUUGUGCCAAGGUCAACGAUGUUCAAACGCAGCAGGUCCCGUUGACACCGGAUUACGACGUGGUAGUUUCUGAGGUUCUCCGGGCGGCCACCCCUUCAUCCAAGCUCCUCUUCCUGUGCUCCCCAGGCAACCCUACCGGCAAGAGCAUACCCGCGUCCGUCGUAAGAGACAUUGUCGGGGGCGGCUUCGACGGCAUCGUUGUCGUCGACGAGGCGUACGUGGACUUUUCCGGCAAGGACAGCGCGUGCUCGCUGAUCGAUGAGCUGGACACGGUGGUAGUCUUGCAGACGCUGUCUAAGGCCUUCGGGCUGGCGGCCAUACGAAUGGGCUUUGCUUACGCGAACGAACACAUCAUCCAGUACAUGAACAACGUCAAGGCUCCUUACAACGUGAACCGCCUCACCCAAGAGGUCGCCGUUCGAGCCCUCAAGGACCGCAGCCUUUACGAGGACCGGGUCACCACCAUCCUCGAUGAGCGAAUACGGCUGCAAGAAGCACUGCGGCGCUACAGCUUUGUGAAAGAGGUCAAGGAGUCGGAUGCCAACUUUUUCCUCGUCCAGGUGGACCACGCGCAGGAGAUCUACAAGCGUAUGGCCAACAACGGAGUCGUGGUACGAUUCCGCGGCAACGAGCUUCACUGCAAAGAUUGUCUGCGAGUGACGGUCGGGACCGCGGCGGAAAACAACCGCCUCUUGGAACUCCUCGAGAAAACCGUCGCAGCGAUCUCGGCUCCGUAGCAACCUAGAUAAGGGUUCUUUGGAUAGCAAUCUCGAUCAAGGGUUCGUUGGUGGGCGUCAUCGUGACACUUAAGAGUACAAAUUCGCGUGGUAGUAAAAUCGGGCACCCCUUACAGUUCAAACGUGAAUUAAUGCGGCUCCGAGUGCCAAGACCGGGUUCAUGUCUGUUGUACGACAAGGAGAGAGAUUGGUACGUGUCUGAGCUGGGAAAGGUAGAAGGAACGUACAGGGAGAUGUUUGAGGCAAAGAAUAGCCAGGACCUGUAGGUGCCUACAAUAUCUGGGGCAUUGGAAUUUGGUUGAAUAGGCGGGAGAAGUGAUAUCGAUCGGGUAGAUAGGCUAGGGACGUUGCUGGGCCACCUUCGGCAAAGUAGAAAGGAUUGAUUGGCUGUAGUGGGAAGAUGCUCGGCCCUCUGGAGGACGCGCGGGUGGUGCGCAAAGGCAUGCAAAACAUGAGUACGCACCCACCCCCCCUCCGCAAGUACAAGCAGUAUUUCACGAUAUGCCCCCCCCCUGGUCCGGUGAGAACCCGGCGUGCUCCGUCCCGGCUUUGUAGGGAUGCGAGGUCAAUGGUCAAACGACUACGGCAUGCACGACUAUGAGUACACCCCCCCCCCUCCCGGCCCGAAUCUGAAACUAACUGCUGUUGGCGUCACUCCCCGCCAUCCUGUGUGCUUGCCUUGCAGCCGCCGUGUUUUUGGGGCCCGGUCUUAUCUGAAUGCGCAUUUGUACACCACAAAGAAGGGUUGUGAAUAUAGAUUGCCCUGCUCACGCAGGGCUGCCUCCACUCCGAGCCCCCCCGCGUUCCUUCGAACGUGCGUGGUCGGUUUCGACGAAGUCUUUUUCAAAUCAAACUUCAGAAGACAUAAACGCGUUGCGCGAACAGUCGGCACGCGGCUUUUCAUUCAGAUGCUUUUGCCGUCACUACUUUGCGGAAUUUGCCGAGACUCUAGUAGUCAUCGCGCUUCUCAACACUUUUCACUAGUUUGCACACCCACGCAUUGUCUGCAGCGCUGGCUUUUGCCUGCAUGUCUGCUACCUGUAUGUAUGUCUGCGUGUAGGCUUGGUAGGCAUAGUGAAUUUCAGCGUGAAGAACGAUACAAGGU